ACCGACUAUCUACUUAUAUUGGGUCGUAUAAAUGUCUCCAAGAAAAUUUUACUAGAUCGAUUAGGACAUACAUAUACUUGUGGUAGAGCCGAGGAAAAUGAUAUAGUAUGCCAUAGUUCGAGAGUAUCGAAUCGCCACUGUACGUUUUUUAAUAACAAAAAUGAAUUAUAUGUUACAGAUUUAAAGAGCACGUAUGGAAUAUUUAUAAACAACGCUCUUCAACAGCCCUUUCAGACAAUUAAAUUACAUUUGAACGAUAUUAUUGGCAAUGGAUGUCCCGCUAUUCCAAAUCUAAACAUAAAUGAUGAUAUGUAUGCGUAUAAAUUAUGUGCACUUCAACCGAUAUCCGGAAAGGAUGGUGAGAGUGCCAGUGCGCCUUCGGGAACUAGUUCAUCGAAUAAUAAAGAAACAGCUAAUGAUAUGACAGUAGCUGACAACGUACAUAAACGUAAACAAGCACACUCCAAUUCCGAUUGCGCGUUGAUGCCACGACCAGUCGGCGUCCUGUUGAUACCGAUCCGCCACAGAAGGAACAAAAAUCGGCAUCAUAUUUUUUCUAAUUCGAAAGUGAAUGUAACGACAAAGUCUGGAAACGAUAUCCAUCUCGGGCAGACGAUCGCUGGAUCCGAAAAGAAAAUUGCAACAAAGGAGCCUACAGCUUCGUCUAGUCGAUUUGCAGCAGCAGAUAAUCCCUCCUCAAAUGCAAAAACGAAUAAAAGUGAAAACGUUUCUAAAGAAAUGGCAACGGAUUCAUAUCAUGAAUUAUAUAAUAGAUUAUUAUUCCUGAAGCGUUUGAAUAUAUAA